CAUCCUUAAGCUGUUACAAAAUCACUUCUAUCUUCCAACUGUAUAACGAGGGCAACGAUAGUAUGGAGACUAAAUCUGAAGUACGCCCACUUUUUUCGUUACCACGCCCACCUCGUGCCCUCUACGACAGGUUUGGUCAUCUACCCAUUGAUGGGACCAUGAAAUAUAUCUGGGCAGGCUAUGAUAAGAUUAAACAGUGUGAAUUUCCCACAAAUCUCAUCAAAAUGACAUUCCUUGUACGAGAGAAAGCCGUAUGUUCUCCUAAACUUCACGAGAAGGAUUUUCCCCAGAACCAUGAUUUUUUGUAUCAUGUGUCGAUCGCUUCGGUUGGAACUACGUCAUAUUCCGUUUCCCAUGAUCUAUUUGAAUCCACUACAAUGGAGCGUUUAACACGAACUGAAUCUAAAAUGGUGAACAUUGAUCCUGAAACAAGAAAGCCAUCGAAACUCCCUGCAGAGUUUUUAGAUAGAUGCUCCAGUUUUAAAUGUAACGAUUCUGUUUUAAUAACAGAAGUACAAGGCGAUAUCAUUCCUCCGCAGAACGCCUUCAAAACAACAAUUCGCACAAGAUAUAGCGAUACAGAUGUGAAUUUUCAUAUAAACUUUGGAGCGUAUUACGGAUUCUGCGCAGACUGUGCUUCAGAAGCGUCGCAAUCCGGGUACUAUCGUCACUAUGACGACGACAUAAGCCAAUUUCCGGUUCUAGAGACUGAUGCUACAUUUAUCGGAGAAUCUGCGCCAUGUUCAAAUUUGGAUGUGUAUACCUGGCAAGAUACAAAGAACAAUGGAGACGAAGUCCGAAUUACGCCCACUUGUGUCAUUACCACGCCCACCUCAGGCGCUCUAUGGAAGGUUUGGACAUCUUUCCUUUGAUCGAACCAUAAAAUUUCUUGCGGAAGGCAGUGCGGAGAUGAUGCGGCUUGGAUUCCCUACAAAACAUCUUCAACAGGCAUUUUGUGUACGAGAAAAAGCAGUUGGUUCACCGAAAUUGCAUAAAAGAAGUUUUGUCAAGAACCAUGAUUUUUUGUUACAUGUGUCGAUUCCUAGAGUUGGAACAACCUCGUAUACAGUUUUCCAUGAUAUCCUGGAUUCCUCUACAAAGGAACGACUGUUCCGUAUUGAAACAAAGAUGGUGAACAUUGAUUAUGAAACAAGGAGACCGUGGAAACUUCCAACAGUGUUUAUUGAAGAAAGUUCCAGAUUUUCAAGUGACGAUCGUGUAUUGAUAACAGAAAUACAAAACGAAAUCAUUCCACCAAAGAACGCCUUCAAAACAAUGAGUCGCACAAGAUAUAGUGACACAGAUGUAAACCUGCACGUCCAUUUUGUAGAAUAUUACGGAUUCUGCGCAGAGUGUGCUUCAGAAGCGUCGCAAUCCGGGUACUAUCGUCACUAUGACGACGACAUGUGCAAGUUUCCCGUGCUCGAGGCCGAUGCCACAUUUAUAGGAGAAGCUGGACCGUGUUCAAAUCUGGAUGUGUAUACUUGGCAAGAACAUACAGAGAAUCUAUUUUGCAAUUUAUCUGAAAUCUCACAGAAUAUUCCAAGCAGACUAUUUGUACGGUGAUGAAAAAAACGACAAAGUUUUCGUCUCAAAAUUAUGAUUCAGCAUGAAAGGAACAUGGACUCUGGUAUGUGCAGUAGCUUUGUCGAUGUCAAAGUUGAGUGGACUCGCCAGGUGUGGGCGAAUCUUCUUGGUCAAUGGCGGAAGAGAGGUGAUACAAGUCUUUCUGUGGAAACUGAUGGAUCCAUACAUAUAGACUACUUAAAGCUAACACUAAUUAAAAACAAAUAGUAUGUAACUUAUGUUUUUUUGUGCCUUCAAAAUAAACAAAAACUG